GACGAUAACUGAAGGUUAACGAUUGGCAGCAAGUGUGAUCUAAUGCACGCAGGGAUUAACAACACUGUCAUAGAGGAGCAAUUUGUGUGUUUAUUUUGAGAAGACGGCCCUGGCUGUUUUAGGACUGUGGUAAUAAGAUCAUCAACGCAAAGUUCGCUACAUUAAUGUUUUGAUGACUGCUCGUUGUUUGCAGCAGCGAGCUAACAACUAACUGGCUAGCUAGUCCAGUCACAAUGGCCGUGGCCCCAACACUUCGACGCACCGAUUCGGCCAGAGGAGAGUUUUCCCCACUGAAACACUUUGUGGUGGCCAAGAAAACCAUAAGUGACCUUUUUGAGCAGCUUCUCAAUUACGUGACGGAGACCUGCGAGUUUGUGGAAGAAACAUGCAGCGAUAAAGCGAUGGGGAAAAUAGCAAGUCUGGAUCAAAAGUUGGAGAUCCAGGCUUAUGCAGAUAAACUUGCUGUCAUCAAGGAGGUGCUGGCUCGCAGACACAUGAAAGUGGCCUUUUUUGGAAGGACAAGUAACGGUAAAAGCACAGUGGUCAACGCUAUGCUGAGGGACCGCGUGCUACCCAGUGGUAUCGGUCACACCACUAACUGCUUCCUGAGUGUGGAGGGGACUGAUGAGGAUAAGGCCUACCUCAAAACUGAGGGCUCGGAGGAGGAGAAAAGUAUCAAGACAGUAAACCAGCUGGCUCACGCCCUGCACAUGGAUGAGAGUUUGGAUGCCGGUUGUCUCGUUCGUGUAUUUUGGCCAAAGACCAAGUGUGCCCUCCUUCGGGAUGACCUGGUGCUAGUAGACAGCCCGGGCACAGAUGUCACAUCAGAGUUGGACAGUUGGAUCGACAAGUUUUGCUUGGAUGCUGAUGUCUUUGUGCUGGUUGCCAACUCUGAAUCCACGCUCAUGAACACGGAGAAGCACUUUUUCCACAAAGUCAACGAACGAUUGUCAAAGCCCAACAUCUUCAUUCUCAACAAUCGCUGGGAUGCUUCGGCAAAUGAACCGGAAUACAUGGAAGAUGUGAGAAAGCAGCACACAGAUCGUUGCGUGAACUUCCUUGUGGAAGAGCUGAAGGUUGUGGACCGUGAGCAGGCACCCAACCGCAUUUUCUUCAUCUCCGCCAAAGAGGUGCUCAACUCCCGUAUGCAGCGGGCACAGGGCAUGCCCGAGACAGGUGCUGCCCUGGCUGAGGGCUUCCAGGAGAGGCUCACAGAGUUCCAGAACUUUGAAAGGAGGUUUGAGGAGUGUAUCUCGCAGUCAGCAGUGAAAACAAAGUUUGAGCAGCACACUAUCAGGGCCAAGCAGAUCACAGAAAAAGUCCAGUGCAUCAUGGAUGCCAUCAACAUCGAGGCCGCAGAGAAGAGAAUAGCAGCACUGGAGGAAAGGGAAUAUCUAAAAGACCGGCUGGACUUUGUGAAGAAUCAGCUCAGACUGCUGAUUGACGACAUCAAUAAGAAGAUCAAGGCCAUCAGUGAGGAUGUGGAGUCAAAGGUGUCCAACGCCAUGAGUGAAGAAAUCUGCCGUCUUCACGUGAUUGUGGAAGAGUUCCAUGCGGACUUCCACCCAUCGCCGCACGUCCUCAAGCUCUAUAAGUCCGAUCUGCUGUCGCAUGUGGAAGAGGGGAUGGGCAAGAACCUGGCUUUCCGCUGCUCAGAUGCCGUCAACGCCUCCGUCCAGUCGACUCAGAGGUUUAUGACAGAGAGUAUGCUCCCUUUACUGCCCUCUGCCAACCAGAGCCAAAUCCACAUGCUGAUGCCCAACAGGAAGCUGGACCUGAGUUACGACCUCAACUGUGCCUCGCUGUGUAGCGACUUCCAGGAGGACAUUGAGUUUCGCUUUUCUUUUGGCUGGACGGCGCUAGUGCACCGUUUCCUGGGAUCAGUCAAUGCCGAGAGAGCCCUCAAAUUGGUGGACCAGAAAUUGCAGGCCUCUCUACCUGCACUGCCCUCGGCCACAACGCCCUCCUCGGGACCCCCGUCCACUGUCGCGCUACCUAACCACGGGACGGCCGUCAUGAGCCAGGAAGACCUGAUGGUCGCCAUGGCGACCAACGCUGCAUCCCUCACCUCCCGCACGUCGAUGAGCGCGAUUGUCGUUGGAGGAGUGGUGUGGAAGACAGUGGGGUGGAGGCUGAUCGGCAUGAUGGCCUCCCUCUACGGUUUGCUGUACCUGUACGAGCGCCUGACGUGGACCACCAAGGCCAAGGAACGCACCCUGAAACGCCAGUUUGUGGAUUACGCCACAGACAAGCUGCAGCUCAUCGUCAGCUUCACCAGCACCAACUGUAGCCACCAAGUGCAGCAGGAGAUGGCGAACACCUUCGCUCGGCUGUGUCAUUUGGUGGAGCAGACCCAGGAGGAACUCGAGGCAGAAAUUCGCCGACUGAGCGCCAACAUUAAUCAGCUGGAAAGCGUCCAACUGCGCUCCAAGAGGUUGCGGCACAAAGCUAGUGAGAUGGAAAAACAUUUGGAGACAUUUACAAAGCAGUACCUGCAGCCUCAACAAUAAAGACAAUCCUCCCAACUUUCUUCUUCCACUGAAAGGCACAAACAAUCCAAGAGCAAAAGCAUUUUUUUGAAUCCUUACAGCCUAUGAUUCUGUUGUCUAUUUUUUUUAGUUCCAUAAUGAAUUGAUUAUUCUUGAGAGUAAACUACUAAUUUGUCAUGAACUUGUCCACUCCAUGUAAUAUUAUGAAAUACUAACCAACUAACUAAUGGGGUGCUAUAUUUGUAUACUAAUGUACUUCACACUGUGAAUACAACUUGUUUUUUUUUCGGGGGGGGAGGGCAAACCUUUGUGAAACUAAUUUGUUGUGUCUGUCAGACUGUACAUGCAUUUUAGCAAGAAAAAUACAUACAUUUACUAAUGAAAGAUA